AUGAGCACCAUCAUCACCACCAGCAGCACUCGCCACCACCACCACCACCGCCAGCAGCACCAUAAUCACCACCAGCAGCAGUACUUGCCAGCACCACCACCACCGCCAGCAGCACUCGCCACCACCACCGCCACCACCGCCAGCAGCACCAUCAUCACCACCAGCAGCACUCGCCACCACCAACACCACCCAGCACCAUCAUCAACACUACCAGCAGCACUCGCCAGCACCACCGCCAGCAGCACCAUCAUCACCACCAGCAGCAGCACUUGCCAGCACCACCAUCACCGCCACCACCGCCAGCAGCACCAUCAUCAACACUACCAGCAGCACUCGCAAGCACCACCGCCAGCAGCACCAUCAUCACCACCAGCAGCAGCACUCGCCAGCACCACCGCCAGCAGCACCAUCAUCACCACCAGCAGCACUCGCCAGCACCACCGCCAGCAGCAUCAUCACCACAAGCAGCAGGACUUGCCAGCACCACCACCACCGCCAGCAGCACCAUCAUCACCACAAGCAGCAGGACUUGCCAGCACCACCGCCAGCAGCACCAUCAUCACCACCAGCAGCACUCGCCAGCACCACCGCCAGCAGCACCAUCAUCACCACAAGCAGCAGGACUUGCCAGCACCACCACCACCGCCAGCAGCACCAUCAUCACCACCAGCAGCACUCGCCAGCACCACCAUCACCGCCAGCAGCACCAUCAUCACCACAAGCAGCAGCACUCGCCAUCACCACAACUACCACCACCACCAGCACUAG